AUGCCGUUCCAAUUCGAAUCCGACUCUGCUUUGGUGCUCGCCGAGACCAAUCUGCGUCACGACAUCAAGCGGAUCAUAGUCUUCCAAUCGGAUGGAAGCGUGUCAGUUGACAGGUCGCAUGACGUCGCUCGUAAAGUGUCUCAAGCUCUGAAGGACCAUGGCCGAAAUGCCUCGGUCAUCCCGCCAUUCCUGCUGUCUGUGGCAGCCGAGGUGCGGGACACCAUGAACAAGUCCAUUGCUCCGGACUGGAAGCGAGUCCGGGAUGAUGAUCCCCGGAUACAUUCUCAUCCUUUCUUUGCCAAGACCGUUGGCUAUGUGAAAGGCGGUAAACCCGCCACCGGACCACCAUCAAAGAAACUCUCCGUUCCUCCCAUCGAUAUCCUUCCCACCGCCCCUCCACCAACCACUUCGGUCGCACCUGAACCGACCGCCGACAAGGGCAAAAGGCCUGUUCGUGAAACUCGCAAGCGCCGGUCUGACAGUCCGGUGGCCGCUCCACGCAGCAAGAAGCCCAAGGUCCCUAAGCCAAAGUCAAAGGCACUCCUCACCGACACCGAGGAUGACGCCGACCUUCCCACCGGAACAGUUAUUGUGACAAAGAAGUCAACAAAUGCCGCGCCGGCCCCCAAACAGGCCGAUGAGAAGAUCGCUCGCACCCUGGCCAAGGGUAAAGGAAAGGAGGAGGAGAAGGAAGUUGCCAAGCCCACCAGAGGCCGACAGAUGGCAAAGGCCGAUGAAGAUAAACAUGACGAUGAAGAUCAGAAUGAGGAUGAGGAUGAAGAUGCCAACACCAAGGCCGAUCCAAAGGCCGAUCCCAACGCCGAAACUUACAAUCCUCCUUGCAAGAGGUGUGGAACGGCACCUUGCCUCGUCUAUGUCGGCAAGACUGGGCAGGUCGCCAAGGCCUGCACCAGGUGCCACAUCAUGAAGGUGAAAUGCGACCGACCGGUCUCAUCCAGGCCCGCGCGGGCAUCCAGGUCCAGGGUUCGCUCCAGGAACACCAGAGCGACCUCAAGUGUGCGUGCUGCCACUCCCAUAGUCGAGUCCGAGGAAGAUGGCAUCCCGAUAGAUGCGCCGGUCGCCGCAGCUGCCGACAUCGACGUUGAGAUGUCGGCUGAGACUGCUCCCCAGGAACCCAUCGUCCUCGAUGAACCUCGCGUCCUCGCAUCGGCCGCCGACUUCCCUGCCGAGCAUUGGCAAGAGCCCGAUGCCGAUGCCGCCCCCAUCCCCAUUCCCCCGCCGACUCCUUCUGCCGACCUCCCUUCCCUUCCUUCGGCAUCAUCGUCGCCGACAAACGCCGAGAUUUACCAGAUGGUCCUUGGCCUUACUUCCAGGCUCGACGCGAUGGAGAACGACUUUGAAACUCGCAUCGCCUCCAUGCGCGCUGAAAUGUCGCAACUUCAAUACGAGUUCGCCUUCUCCGCGGAAACUGUGCGAGGACUGUCCGGCAUGGUUGAGCAAGUUCGGCAGGAGCGGGUCGCCAUGAACCACGUAUUCCCACCGCCGAGGAUGAGCCACAUCGGUGGUUCCACCGCCAGCCAAUUGGGGAGGAGGUACCUCCCCAGUGUGUUCGGCCCUUCGGUUCCUCCUACCGGCCAGUCAUCGGCGUCUGCCAUGGUCGGUCGUCCUGACAUGCAGGGCGGCACCUUCACAUCCGGACAGGCUGAAAUGGAGUCAACCAUUGCCGGUUCUUCAUCUGUUCCUGGUCAAGCUGGUGCAGAUGUUUCAUCUUCUUCACCUGUUUCUGCUGCGCGCUCCCUGCCCUAA